AUGUUUAUGCUCCGCAACGUGGGAAAACUGAUCUUUGGUGAUACUUCCAAAGAAUCUAUCAUCGAGAUCCCUCAAGGCCAACUGUUCCUUGUCCGACCACUUUCUCCAAAAGGCGUUUCCGAGCUCAUUUUCAAGGACGCCGCUGCGACCAUCCGGCGAACUGGCCAGGAAUACCAAUACCAACUUGUGAUCCAGAGAGCCUACGAGGAAGGCGAGGAGGACCUUGCGGAGGACGAGGACGAACAGGGUGCUGGGGAUAAUUUGGACAAGGACGAAAAGGUUUUCUUGCUGGACCAGAGUCUGCACUUUCGUUCUGAAGUACGUGAGGGUGGUAACAAGGUGCUUGCAUGGGACGAUCUCAGUGGUGACGAGGGUGAUCUUUUUGAAUUCAUUUGUGACCCUUCAGUGCCCUCGGAGAAGGUGGCCACUUUCGAGAUCGCUGCUCUGCAGUGCCAGUACGAGCGCAAAUUCCGCCGCAGUGGCCAGCAAGCUACUGAAACCGAGUUGCAAGAAUUUGCCUACCAAGAGGAGAGGCCUAUCCCUUCUGUGAGCCCUGUCCAUUCUCCGACGUCUGGAGAGUCAGCUGCCGUGAUGGCGGAAGAAGUCAAGUACGCUCAGUCAAAGGGCAAGGGCAGGUCGGAUGAGAUCUACGAAACCCCUACGGCUGCCCCGCCAUCUGCCUCGGCGCCUGACAGUAAGGAAGAACUCGCGAAAGAGACGGCUGAGUUGCACCUCUUCGACUUCUCCACUGGAACAUUCCAGAUGCAAGAGGACGAGGUGGUUGCAAAUGUGUCAGAAGUCGGCACCUGGCAGUAUUGGCUGCAGAUCAGCGGCAACGACAAGGAGUGGAUGGGUCAAGCUGUUGUAGCAGAUAUUAACCCCGUCUUCAAUUUUGAGUAUCUUUCCUUUAUCUUCAACCAGUUUGCCGAGGACGGUUCGGUCUACUCCUGGUUACUUCGUUUCAAGGAUCAGGCCUCUUUGGAGCGUUUUCAACAGGGUAUCAUGCAGGCUCUGUGGGAACAGCUCAACGAGUUGAAGUGGACCAAGGCUAAGGAAUCCGAUCGGGAUUAUGUUCUUGAAGCAUUCCAAGAUCUCACCAUGGAGGAUGCAGCUGACAUGGCGGAGGAGGAAGAGGAAGAAGAAGAAUCUGAAAACGAGUCCCAGGACGAUGGCCAGCGCAGCGAGCACUACGACAGUGACGAGGAGGAAGAGGAUGUUAACCUCAAAGAUGCGGAUGGCAACGUCAACUCUCAGUUGGCAGUUGGCUUCAAGAACGACCGCUCCUUCGUCGUUCGUGGUUCCAAGAUCGGUGUCUUCAAGCACACCGACAAUAACAACCUCGAGUUCUCUACCAAUAUUUCCAAGGUGGAAACUCCCAAGGGCAGGCUCUUCAGUCCCAAGAAGGUUAUGCUUCACGCAGAGGACCGUAACCUGAUUCUUCAGAACGGAGACGAUCCUAACUCCCUCUUCCGCAUGGAUCUCGAGACCGGAAAGGUUGUCGAUGAGUGGAAGGUCCACGACGAUAUUCGCGUAGAGACAUUUGGUCCUGAGAGCAAAUUCUCACAAUUGACGUCUGCUCAGACGUUUGUUGGCGCAUCUUCCAACGCUCUCUAUCGCAUUGACCCACGUGUCACCGAACGACUUCUCUCUGCUCUUGCCACGACUGAGAAGGGCUACAUCGCUGUCGCUUCCAACAAGGGUGAUAUCCGCAUGUUCGACCGCCUCGGCAUCAACGCCAAGACACACAUCCCUGCCCUUGGCGAGGCCAUUAUCGGUCUGGACGUCUCUGCCGAUGGACGCUGGGUGCUUGCUACAUGCCGCACCUAUCUGCUCCUGAUUGACGCCGAGCAGAAGGACGGCAAGAACGAAGGCAAGCUCGGAUUCGAGAAGCCCUUCGCCAAGGAUUCUAAGCCUCAGCCUCGCCGUCUAGGCCUGCAACCCGCCCACGUUGCGCAAUUCCAGCACGAGACCAAGCAGCCAUUGUCCUUCACUCAGGCUCGCUUCAACACAGGUGUUGAUUCCGAGGAAACCUCCAUUAUCACCUCCACCGGUCCCUUCAUCAUCACCUGGAGCAUGAAGAAGGUGAUUGCCGGCCGCAAGGACCCAUAUACUAUUAAACGCUACGAGGAGAACGUCAUGGCCGACAAUUUCCGUUUCAACUCCGACAAGAACGUCAUUGUCGCGCUCCCCAACGAGGUCAACAUGGUCGCCAAGCGUAGCUUCCAGAAGCCUACCCGCGAGAGCAUCGCUGGCCCCAUGACCCCUGCCCGCAAGAGCGCUGGCAGACACAGCCACCUCCGGAGAGAAGACAUUGUCAACUCUCCUUACUAG